AUGUCGGGCCGUGGGAAGCAGGGAGGCAAAGUGCGCGCCAAGGCCAAGUCGCGCUCGUCGCGGGCCGGGCUGCAGUUCCCCGUCGGCCGCGUCCACCGCCUUCUCCGCAAAGGUAACUACGCAGAGCGAGUCGGGGCCGGGGCGCCCGUCUACAUGGCGGGCGGGCCGGAGGUCCCUACGGACGAGACCCUGGAGCUGGCGGGCAACGCGGCCCGCGACAACAAGAAGACGCGCAUCAUCCCCCGCCACCUGCAGCUGGCCAUCCGCAACGACGAGGAGCUCAACAAGCUGCUGGGCAAGGUGACGAUCGCGCAGGGCGGGGUGCUGCCCAACAUCCAGGCCGUGCUGCUGCCCAAGAAGACUGAAAGUCAUAAAGCCAAGAGCAAAUAAGCUCAGCGAUCAAAGCGACUGAGACUUUGUAAACAGCAACACUAUAACCCAAAGGCUCUUUUCAGAGCCACCCACACACUCAGAAAAAGAGUUGUGAUGCUUUCUUUACAAA